GGUGAGCCCAUGCACACACUGCUGGGUGGACAGAGGUGGUGGUACUUGGGGAACUUGCUCAUUGUUCAAACUUCCGUGCGCGUAGGGAUCGGCCCGGUUAAUCUCCGGGUGUGCUCGCCAUUAAAUCGCCGGCAGAAUCCCAGUGUAUGUUUAUUCAUAUCGAGCGCAGCGCCAUUCAUCUAUCGUUUUAUCCGUAUGUGUGUGAUGUGUUGCAUGAAGUCUUGUAUAUGCAUGUGAUACUGUUACCUUCAGUGUGAGCAAUUUCCACCAACACAAUCAUACGUUGUAAUGUACAAUGCAAGUCAUUAAUACAGACGUGAAGAAGAAAUUUGCGUUAUAUUUACGAGUGUUUCAGUAAGCAAAUACAAUUUUUUAUAUAUAUUUUAAACUUAUUUUAGCGUGAUAUAUGUAAACAAAUGCAAAGUGAAUGGGGCACGAUCCUGGUACUCAUCAGUAUUUCCAAAUUGUGCCACUAGAUUGCAGACAUAUCACGUGAUCAAAAAUGGUAACGCCCUUGCACAACUGCACUUUAGAAGAGCAGUAAGCUGCUGUUCAUGUUUGUGUCCCCAUUAACACUUUAUUUAAGAAUCAACCUGCAACAUUUCAAGAAUCAUGUGAACUGUGAAAACAUUUACAAAUGGGUGCAAAUGGCUGCUUUGAGAUAAAAACAAAUGCAUUGAUUUCACAUACAAACAUAGCCAAUGAGACACCACAGAUACAAUUCCUGUUUUCUUUAUGACCUCUCUCGUGUAAUGUUUGACACCUAUUGAGCUCACACUUCUUGGUAAUUGAACUCGUCAUGGAUUACUCAAUCAACUCUGCACACACGAAUCCGCACAGCCACUGAUAUGUGGUUAAUUUCGACUUGUCCGUCAUCUAAAAUCAUCCUGUAAACACAAUGUUUGUUGAAGCUGAACCAUCAACUGGCCUCCCACUUAUUAUGCCAUCGCAAACAUGUUCACAUGUGUUUGCAGUCAUUCCGCCCAUUUGCAAGUGUGACCACAGUUUGUGCAGUUGUCGCCCAAAUCGGAGUGGACAAAAAAAGGAAAUAAUGUUCUUCCAAUGUGUGGUUGUAAUUCGGGCUCCACCACCAUCUUUGAUAACAUGAUAUAAUCUGCCAUCUAAGUGGCACAAUCUGAAAAGAAAAAAAAAUACAGUAGCAGGGUCAUGCUCCAUUCACCAACCAUUUUUUUUUUUCAAAACAAAAAAUUGCACUCACUUCGCAUAUAGAAUAUUUUUUUUUUAAAAAAAUCUCUACCAAUGAAAGCUCUAUCAAUGAUUUGAAACCACAUUAUACUGAAAAAUCACAGCACUGUGGGACUGCAAUGCAUAACUGCUUUUAAUAUUAUUCACAACAUGCAUUACAAAUAGGUUAUGCGCCUCGAGUCUGGCUCGGAGUAAUUGCAGCAUUAAACAACGGAUCAUCUGGUGGCAUCGCCACGCUGCCAUUGACAGAUAGAGUGCCAGCGUCCUCCUCCACUUCCCAUUUAUGAAAGUGUGCUCUCAUUACUGUACGCUCAGCGAUUCCUUGCGACGUGGCAUGAAUCAAGGGCUGCUUGUGGUUCGAGCAGGGCCUCGGGGAUUCCUCUCGGGGGCAGCGCUAAGGCCUGAGUUGGCAGGCACCGGGGCCUCUCCCUUUGAGACUAAUUUUAAACUCUGCCUUGAAAAUGUAUCCGUGUGUGCCCCGAUCGAAAGAUGACUGAUGUCGUGGUGGCUGAAGGCUCCGUGAAACUCAGGGAAGGGAAAAAGUGGAAAACGCGAUGGGUCGUGCUGAAGAAGCCCUCGCCCGUGGCCGACUGCCUCAACCUCCUAGCCUUCAAGGACAGGCGAGACAGCUGCAUCGUGGAGAGCAAGAAGGAGAGAGGCAAGGCAGAGCGCGAGCGCCACAAGGAGAGGGACAAGCAGAAGGAGAGGCUGGAGAGCGAGCGGGAGAGGGCUGACCUCUUCCUGGAGAGCGUGUGCGGCCUGGAGGGGGGCCUGUCGCUGGAGGGAUGCGACCACGUGCUAGCCAUCAUCUCCCUCACCCAGGUGCUGCUGCUGGGCUUCGACUCCCCGCGCAGCCUCGCCGAGUGGGAUGAGCAGCUGCGCGACUGCCUGGGAGAAGGUGCGGGGACGGUGGUGGCCGCGCUUCCGGCAGCUUUCACGACACUUGCGUCGUCGCUCGAGCGCUUCUGCCCUCCGACAUGUACCGCGGUCGUGCGUUCGGCAUCGCGUUUCCAAAGAAGCUCCCAGCCGGCACGUGGUGUGAAACGUUGGACACCGCGCCGAAUAAACACGCGGUUCACCUCGAUGGCACAUUGGAGAGCUAUCAGCACGGCGGUAAAUGCGUUCGUGUACAUUGCCCGGUUACAAGCAGUAUGCACGUUGCCAGUAAAUGUGGCUACGUUUUUAAAGGAUUACAGACGGCGGUUUCAGCGAGGUGGAUAAAAAUUGCGCACACAAAUACUUGAUAGUAAAAAAAAAACAUACGUUUUUAAAUGGCCCUUAUGACCCAGUAUGAAUGUGGUCAGAAGUGAAUUUUGGUUAAAUAAUGAUGGGCGAUGGACAAAAAGUGGAAAAGGAUGGUUGGUGUUUAGCUGAGCUAGAGGAGUUGGUCAUGAUCGGCACCAACUGAGUCGUUCACGCUGGUCUUGCUGGCGUUGUGAAUAUUACAGGAGAAUCGUAAAUAAUGCUGCAAUGGUUUUUUUUUACUGUAUAUCGAUCAUUCGUAUCUUGCCGUUUUUCAUUCAACGUCAUUUUUGACAGUGUUACACCUUGUGACAUAUAAUUAUAAUGAGGUGAAAUUAGUAAAUGGCAAUGAAAGGCGGAGUGACACAUUACAAUUAUGCAGGUUGAGCAAACGCAUUAACUCAAAAUACAUAAAACAAAGUAACACGCACUCAAUCAAAUACGCAAUGCUUCCAAACGAAUGCACGGCAGCAAAAAUAGGUUCGUACAUAAUAUGACUGUUUCUGAUGUCAACGAACAAGGUGAACAGCACCUAGGACAUCACAUGGUAAAAACCCAAUUUGGCAUGGAAGGCGCUGGAAGCCACAUGCCAUCAAUCAGUGACAAAGAAAUGAAUUUUUCCUAACUUGAUCAAUCAAAAUCCAUUUCACAACAUAUGGGAGGUGCAGUCGUCACCAUAUCUAUAAUUGUGGUCUAGAUUUAUGGGCAAAUAAUGUCAUAGGAUUAAUGACACAGCAAGCGUGCCUGGGAGGUCUUGGUUGCCUGAUGGGGUCUGACCUCUACCCAUACUGUUAAACAGCUACGAUCAACAACUGAUACACAGCAGACCGGCCAUCAUGCAUUCAGAAGAUGUCAGCAUAUUACAGUUAUUAUCAUAUUUGGGAGACCUACGAUUUUAUAUGGGCUCUUGCAAUGAGCUAUUAGCCUCGCCAGCACCACCACCACCACAUUUCAUUUCUAAAUCAUUGACCCCACGUGCAACAAACUCAUCAAAUCUGUGCAGUGAAUCUUGCUCGGGAGCAUUUCAUUCACUGGUUUAGGGUACAGUACAACGUCACGUAUCUGACUGUCGCAUAUCCACCACGAUCUAUCCGCCGUUUACACCCAGUGCCGUGUUGGUGUGAGGUGCAGCUAAUUGUCUAUGGAUGUUCACAAAUCCAACCUUUUCACACGCAGUGAAUACCGUAACGUGUCCUUAAUGUCGCGUACG